AUGGGGGCUUGGUAGAGGACCUUGGAUUUCACAUGGACAGAGUGGAGAAUUUAUUUUGACAGGAGAGAGAAGUUUUCUUUAUUCUUUUGAUUUCUUGUUAAUUUUAACGAGCUUUUGGAAUAGGAUGUUAAAAUAAUUUAUAAUCUUAAAACAUAAGCAAAGUUGCUUUUUUUACUAGUUCUGUUAAAGACGGUAUCCUCAAAUUAUGAAAAAUAAAAGUGGUUGUUUUGUUGACACCAGACUGAAGCAGAGAGUUAAACAGUACUUGAGCAACUGCCGAAGUAAAUAUGUGGAUAUCAGCGUUUUAGCCCAUGAUCUGCAGAAACUGUACAGCAUAGACUAUGGCAGAAGGAAGAGAAAUGCUUUUAGAAUUCAAGUGGAGAAAGUUUAUAAUAUUAUCUGCCGUGAAAAAGAUGAUGAGGAUUUAAUGACUGUGGAAGACAAACAUGUCUUAAAAAGAGAAAAGCAAGCUCAAGGAAAUUAUGGAGAAGGAGAAGGCAGUAGUGAAGAGUCUUCAGACAGUGAAGAUUACCCUGAAUAUCCACCUACAAAUCACAUGAACAAUUCUUUAACAUCACUGUAUCGAAAAGGAAAUCCUGUUUCUUCUUCACUUGAUAUCACAAAGAAUGAGGCAGCAGAUGCUAGUAUUGCUUUGUCCAUACCUGAUAAGAUUCUUGACAUUUCAAGGACUACUCCAAAGAUGCAAAGACCGAGCUGGUUUAUUGAUAAAACACCUUGCAAAAAAAAAGAAGAAGAUUGCAUUCUCAUUGAUAUCUAUGAUGAGGACAGACCUGUAAAUCCGAGCCAGAGUCCUCGGCGAUCAGAGGACACCUCAAAGCUGGAAGACAGUAAGAGGAAGAAUAAAGGAAAACUGAAAAAGAGACGACAUAUAGAAGAAACGCAAAAUAUGGAUGGAGAAAUUGAAUCUACGAUAAUAAACAAGAAGGUUAAAUCCAGAGCAGCUGAACUGCAGCAUUCCAGUAUACGUUUUGAAGAUGUUGGUGGCAUUGAAGAGACUUUGAAGGAGGUGUGCAAGAUGAUGCUCCACAUGCGCCACCCUGAAGUGUACCAACAAUUAGGAGUGGUUCCUCCUCGGGGGUUUCUUUUACAUGGGCCACCAGGAUGUGGAAAGACACUACUGGCUCAGGCUAUUGCAGGGGAGCUAGAACUGCCAAUGCUAAAGGUGGCUGCUACUGAGAUGGUGUCAGGAGUAUCCGGAGAUUCAGAACAGAAAUUAAGAGAACUUUUUGAGCAAGCUGUGUCAAGUUCUCCCUGCAUUCUUUUCAUUGAUGAAAUUGAUGCAAUCACUCCAAAACGAGAAAUAGCAUCAAAAGAUAUGGAACGGAGGAUUGUUGCCCAACUCCUAACCUGCAUGGACGAUCUGAACACCAUGAAUGCCACAGCUCAGGUUCUUGUUAUUGGAGCAACAAAUAGACCUGAUUCUCUAGAUCCGGCUCUGAGAAGAGCAGGGAGAUUUGAUAGAGAAAUCUGUUUGGGAAUUCCUGACCAAGGGGCAAGAGAAAGAAUUUUGCGGACCUUAUGCAGAAAGCUUAAACUCCCAGAUCCUUUUGAUUUCUGUCAUUUGGCACAUCUAACUCCAGGCUAUGUGGGUGCAGACUUGAUGGCUCUGUGCCGGGAAGCAGCCAUGUGUGCUGUGAAUAGGGCACUAGCACAGCUACAGGGCAAAACAGCUGAAGAAAGAAGCACUGAAUGUAGCAGAAAUGAGAGGAACAUGGAAGUAGAGUCAGCUGCUGAGACACUGCACCCUCCAGAGGAUGAAUUACAGAGACUUCUUAGAAUAUUGAAGGAGAUGUCACCAAUUUCAGAAGAAGAGCUUCAAAAGCUGCAUAUAACUAUGGAAGAUUUCAUUACCUCACUGUCUUCUGUGCAACCGUCUGCCAAGAGAGAAGGAUUUGCUACAGUUCCUGAUGUAACCUGGGCUGAUAUUGGAGCCUUGGAAGAAAUACGUGAGGAACUCACUAUGGCAAUACUGGCCCCUGUCCGGAAUCCAGCACAGUUUAAUGCUCUUGGUCUGACUACCCCUGCUGGAGUCCUGCUUGCCGGACCCCCUGGAUGUGGAAAAACAUUGCUGGCAAAGGCAGUUGCAAAUGAAUCUGGACUGAAUUUCAUCUCUGUGAAAGGCCCAGAGCUGUUAAAUAUGUAUGUUGGAGAAAGUGAGCGGGCAGUUCGUCAAGUUUUUCAGCGAGCUAGUAACUCUGCUCCUUGUGUCAUCUUCUUUGAUGAGAUUGAUGCUUUGUGUCCUCGAAGAUCUGGGCAUGAGUCUGGUGCAAGUAUCCGGGUAGUGAAUCAGUUGUUAACUGAGAUGGAUGGACUAGAAGCACGCAAGCAGGUUUUUAUAAUGGCUGCGACAAACAGACCUGAUAUUAUUGACCCAGCAAUUUUGCGUCCAGGACGACUAGAUAAAACACUUUAUGUUGGCUUGCCAACUCCAUCAGAUCGCUUUGCCAUUCUCAAAACAAUUACAAAGUGUGGUACUCGUCCACCAUUAGACCCUGAUGUCAACCUUGAGGAGAUUGCCCACAGCGAGCACUGUGACUGCUACACGGGUGCUGAUCUUUCAGCUUUGGUACGUGAAGCAUCAGUCAUUGCUCUAAAGCAGCAGCUUUCACUUUGGUACCCUGAUAGCAGUAAAGGUGCUUCAAACAAAAUCACAGUUAGUCAGAAACAUUUUGAAGAAGCAUUUAAGAAAGUGAAACCCUCUGUUUCAGAAAAGGACCAGAUCAUAUACGAAAAACUAAGGCUGUCACUUGGCUGAUGAACAAAGGAGAUUUUCUGAAAAAGUGGACAAACUGGCAGCUAUGUCCAAUUUUUUAUUUUCAAAAGUCUUCAGAAUAUCCAAGAUUAUGUGUGGAAUGUGUACCUCAUCAACAUCCUGCACCAGAUUUUGCAAUAGUGACCAGCAAGCAGCCAUUAUACUAUUUAUUACACAUAAGACCAUAUUAUCUUGGAUUCCUAAUGCACAACAGUAUGAUUGAGCAAUCAGAAGGUUUCUUAAACGUCUGUAAAACAAUUGUUUUUUUAAUAUGAAGCAUGGAGAAACUUCCAUGGUCUCUGUUUCUUUAAUACUUGUAUGAUAUUAAAAAAAAAACUUGAAAUAGUGAAAAACAGAUGUUACUAUGAAAUAGUCAUCAGUGGCUGCAAAUCUGAUGAAUGUAAUUUAACACGUUUACAACAAAAUAAUUUAAUAGUUCAAAACCUGUAGAACUGCUGGUCAGUUCAUACUGUCUUUGUUGAACAAGCUCAUUACUGUUUUGUUGAAAAAACACAGCCGACAGAGCAUUUCCAGACAAUGACCUGUCAACAUUUGAUCAACAUAUAUUUGCUAUUUUGUUUGACAUCAUCAGUUUGACUGCUGUCGUUGCUCUACAGGAAAUCCAGCGGUGUCUUCAUUUCUGCAGUAGUCAUUAUGAGGAAUGUUACUUUAAUAUGAAAAAAUUAAGUCAUAUAGUGUCUGAAAUAAAACAAUAUUUUGUCAUUGUAAAAUGUUGACUUCAUGGAGGACAGAUGGGCUGCAGCAACUUGGGAGGAGGGAAAUAAGUAAUUAUGAGGUAGCAUUAUGUAAGCCAUGCUGUUAAAAGGAAAAAAAAAUAACUCUGAGGAGGACCUUUGAGUGUCAUUCAGUCAGAAUAAGUCCUCUUCUGCACUGCAAGCUCUUUUCUGUGGCAGAUGUAUAAUAGAGAGUUGUUACACCAUUGAUUGUGACUGCAGAAAAUAUCUGAGCAUAAAAGCUAGUGAUGCCUUUCAAAUAGGUAUGUAUUUUUUUCUUCAAUGACAUUUGCCUUUGUGAUUGAAGUGAUCAUUGUGUCAUUGUUAGUAUCCUGCAUAAACACACCCAUUAGAACAA